AUGGUUGCUUUAAACUUGGCUUGUAAAGGCCUGUGGAACGAAACAUCUAACCUGGCCAUUGUGUGUAGCGCCAACCUCAUUUUUUCUCCAGGACUCAAUAUCGCCUUGUCGAAUAUAUGUUUCCUCUCGCCAGAUGGGAAGUGUUUUAGUUUCGACCAUAGAGCGAAUGGAUAUGCCCGCGGUGAGGGGUUUGCUGUGCUAGUCUUGAAGCGUCAGUCGGAUGUCAGUCUGUGCGAUCCAGUUCGAGCGCUCAUACAAUCAACUGCGACCAAUAAAGAUGGGCGAACGCAAGGUGGAAUCACGCAGCCCAGUAAAGAAAUGCAGAUUCGCAUGAUUCGUGAGGCAUACAAGAAGGCGGCUUUAGAUUUAGAUUGCACUGCUUAUUUUGAGGCACACGGUACCUAUGUCUUUCAUUCCCUGUUCCACGUUCACUAUACGAGCAAAGAGGUUAUAAUACUCGCAACUGCCGCCGUUCAAAUCUCACCUGGAAGUCAUACGCUGUCGUUGCUAGGCUACCCGCACGAUCUGAUUGGCACCCAAGUCGACCAAAACCCUCUCGAACCCAGAUGGCGUCUCAUUAUCACAGAAGAUAAUUUGCCAUGGAUUAGGGACCCUAAAGUUAACGGAGCCAUGUCGUAUCCAGCAUCAUCUAUACGAUAG